AUUGUAUUAGUAAAAUUAGCACAAGAUUUUUGCCUCUAUUUGAUGAAAAUAUGGAUAUAUUUGGUCUCUUUGAGGCUGUCCUCUCACUUCGCCCCAACGGUCCUGAAUAUUUGUUCUGGAAGAAGUUUUUCGGCAUGGUGAAUGAAAAUUGGCUACGCAGCUUUGAGGAAAGGACAAGAGGUGGCUCAUUUUAUAUUUAUUGGGACUUCAUUGAAGAGGUAGACAGUACGUUGCCAAUGGGCCAGCAGUACCAGCAGGCCCUUGGAGUAGUUUCUGAGAAGACUCAGAAUACCCUGAGCUCAAACAACUGUGGAGUGCUGUUGGACACAGCCAUGCAAGUCUUGAACACGCGAAAGAGGGAACAUAGCAGGUUUCCAGAAGACCCAAACAAUUCAAAGUGGGUUAUCCAUGAGAAAAUUAUUGAAAUAUGGUCUGCUUUGGUGAAUCAACUGCAAGAGAAAGCAAGCGGAAGAGGUUGAUUGAUUAACUCAAACAAUUGGAAGA